CAUGAGAACGCAAAGCCAACUCCCAAAAAGCUGCUUUUCUUCCUACGGUUUUCAGAAAAUUUACAAAUCGUUUUAAUGUCACUUCCACUUAAUCAGAAGGUUUUAUUCAAAGUAAAGAUACUCUAUUAUCUCAAGAUGAUAACAAAAACCACAGAUUAGUAGCUCUUUAAAAGAAACGACCCUAGGAGCUAGUAGGUAUAAUAAAUGUUGGUGGGGUUUUAAUUUGAUAAUAUUUUCUUCAAUCCAGUCCACUGCCCUUUCCAUAUGACUUUGCUUUCAAGGCCAAUCUCCAAACCCAGAUUUUCUUUCAAGGUUUUUUCUUCGAUUUCCAGCGCAUAAAUCCAAUAUUAACAAAAAAAAAACCCAUCUUCCCCUGUUCUUGUUCUGCUACCAUUUCACUGUGUGUCCGUGUGUGUGUGGGUGUGUGUGAGUGAGAUGCUUACUAGUUAGUCUAAGCAGAAGAGAGGUCUUCGACUUCAAAUCUGAUAAGAAGGGUAUCUGCUUCAACAUGGGUUCUUGUGCUUCAAUCAAUAAGAACCCAGAUUCUACCAUGAAACUCCGGUUCUCGAUUGCUUCUAAGGAUGAUAAGAUAUUGAUUCCUCCACCCACCGAGGAGAAAUCUGUAGACGGUGAUCACCGCAUCGCUGAACUGGGUUUCAAGUCUCAGUCUUCACCGCAACGAGCCUCCUUGACGAGUUUUAAGGAUUUUGCAGGUAGUAAAGAGGAAAACUUUUUUGACUCCCAACCUUGGAUAGAGUCAGAUUGUGAAGAGGAGUUCUUCAGUGUCAAUGGUGAUACCCCAUCUCGUGGUAAUACUCCAAACCAUCAGAGCGGCUUCAUGGGAAAACCACGACUAAAUAAAACCCUUAUGGAUGGAGCUGCUGGCACCAGAACUGAAGCAUCUCCAACUGACAAGAAAAAGAAACUAGCUGAGCUUUUCAGUGAGAGUUUUUCAGAUGAUCAGCAUGUGGACCAAAGUUUAUCGAAUGGAAUAUUAAAACCUAAACCAAUCAACUUGGAUCUCCCUCCCAGAUCAUCUAACGGAACCCCGUACGUGUCUGGAUUGAAUUCCGUUUGCAGUAGUGAGAGAUCUCCAAAUAAAGAUUUUAAAUCUGACAAAGAUAAAUCAACCAGGGUUGCACAGUGUUGCCUCCCAAAUUUUGUUCGGAGCUAUAGCUUUAGUGACAGGAAGAAGAGAUUGAGCCCUGGGCUCAAUGGUGGAGGGUAGCAAAAAUUUUCCUCUGAAUCCUAGUGAAGUGCUUCUCUUUCUGAUUCAGUGCAAGUGGACAAAGCUAUCUGGAGUCUCCAAAUUUACAAACCCAAGUAAUCUAUCAUUCCUUUUGGCAGAGUUUCAGACAGAUACAUGGAAAGCAUGGUAUUUGUCGGCAAUUUCUGUGAGCCUUUGAGAGAUGUCCAGAUAUGAUUACAGUGUAUAAACUGAGAAAAAUAAGAGUUGGGGGGGGGUGUUAUGUGCCAUAGGCUCCAUCGAAAAGGCUAGUCAUUACAGUUUUUUGGGUGAUGCUGUUGUAUCUUUUGAAGUUGAUUUGUAUUUACCCUGUAAACAUAUUACAGAGGUCCUUGUAAUGUAGGCAGAUGCAAGUAUGACAAACAAUUAUAUACAAGAAGGUAUGUAUGCAAAUUCUCUAGUAUAUGCUUUUC